CAGUCAACGGUUUCAUUGCGUUCGGUGUGCGGAUUUUCAUCUACUUUAUACUGGUGCACUAGUAGAGUUGAGCGCGGACGAUAAAGAACGUAUCGUCACGGUGCAUCACACCAUUGGAAAAUACCUUUUUUACCAUUUAAAAAAAAAUUGGAAAGACAAAAUCUACAUCAUCGUAGCAAAAUUUUCAUUCACAUCUUCUAAAAAAUAAAAUAAAGUUUAAAACAAUAAAAGAAAAGAUGUUUAAUAAUAAUUUUAUAAUGGAAGACACGGUGAAAUUUAGCACUGUACACCGCUAAAUUGUCGUAGAAAAAAGUUACAUUUUCAACCCAGACAAAAGUGUGGAAAUUUUGCAGCAAGAAAAACUGUGUGGUGAAACAAAAGAAAAUAAAUCUUGGACAAAUAGUGAUUUUUCACAAAAUUUUCUACUAAAGCUUCUGGAUUAAAAUUUGCAGAAGAUUCAACAAUAAACAAGAAAAAAUUAGCCGCUGUGUCCUCUCUACUCAAAGGAAGGAUUCCCCACAACACUUUUGGUGCGUCGAGACGAAAAAUUUUUUUGCCAGUCUUUUCAACGACAAAGAACAUUCUUCUUCUUGGAUUUUCCGUCUCCAUUUCACGAUUGUGUUGAAAAUUUGUCAAACAAUUGAACCCUGUGCGUGACAAAAAUUUUCUGUUUGAACAUAAUUUAAAGCGAAAAAAAAAUUGAAAGUGUUUCUAAACGCAGAAAAAGUGGACUAAAAUUAUUUAAUAUUUUUUUGGACAAUACCAAUUUUUUAAAUAAAAUAAUCUAAUUUGACUUUUAAAGACAAGAGUAGCUUUAAUUUUAAAUGUUCGUUUUUUAUAUUCAAUUUGAAUACAGUUAGUCAUUAUUAUUUUUUAUUCAACCGUAUACCAAGUGUGUGUUGCUUAAUUAUAUAAUUUUUGUACUCACCCCAAAAAAGAGGAAAAGAUUUUAUUAUCUAUAUAGAACUAUAUUUUUGAAAAUAUUCAACAAAACUUUUGUUACAAUCAACGUUGACGUACUUUUGUUUUUUUUAAUCUACUAUUUUAUGUGUUAACCAACUAGGGAAGAAGAAAAAAAAGUUAAGAAGACAUUCUUUGUGACGUAAAGAAGCUGUCGGAAUGUGCAUAAGUUUUCCUAAUCCGAGUGCAGCUAACGAGUAAUAAAAAAAUAAUUGAAAAAAAAUAAACGUGAUUCUGUAUAGAAUACAGAGAUUUCCAACGAUAGAUUGAGAGAAGGAAAUUAAAUAAGAUACAGUGCGAUUGUGAACAAUUAAAGUCCUAAGAAUUUAAUUGCAAAAUCGCAUGGAAGAAUAGAGGUGGGAGAGAGAAAAUAUAAUAAUAAAAAUAGAAUAUAAAUUUUAAAAAAAAGUGUGAUUAAUUGCAAAGACGGAACUUACCUCUACGAGAGAGAACAAGAGGUGAAUUAUUUAUUUGGAUUAUAACAAAAUCAAAUAAAACAUAUUCCCAGCCUCGGUAUAAAUUAUGGUGAGAUCGGAAAAAGUGAAUAAUUCUAUAAAAUUGUUGCAAACAAGGAGCAAUUUGUGGAAAGCACAAGUGAUUGAGGAAAAUGAUCUACAUAUGUGAGUGUUUAUGGAAACGCAAGCAAUAUAAUUUGAAGCCUUUUUUCGCAUAAAGAAUAAUUUGGAUAUCAACCGAGACAUUUUUAUUGGCCAAUCCGAAAGACUCUCAAAGACAUUUGAUAUUUGACUCCAAAAUAGAGAAAAGAGUGCAUUUGCAUUGUUCUGCAAAUUUUUUUUUGCGUUGAACUAUAUACACACAAAACUGAACAUUUUUCAACAUCCGGCAUUAAAGUUCAUUUGCACAUCCAGACGGCAAAGUUUUAUAUUGUCGUUUCUUUGCAAAGCAGACAGAGCAGCAUCUUCAAAUCGACUAAUUUUUAGUCGAAUCAUCACAAUUUUCUAAAUAACUCAUCCGUAUUUGGAAUACAGGAUAGCUUCAAAAAGUAUUCAGCUAAAAAUGGCAGAGGGAAACGGCGAAGUUGUCGAUGAUAUACCAGGAACGAAGUCAGAAGAACGAGGAGAUGGUGAGCGAACUGAGGAUUACUCAAAACUCUUGGAAUAUGGACUCGACAAGAGGGUUGCCGGUAAAUUGGAUGAUAUUUACAAAACUGGCAAAUUGGCGCAUGUGGAGCUGGAUGAGAGGGCUCUCGAUGCGCUCAAAGAGUUUCCAGUUGAUGGUGCCUUGAAUGUUCUGAGUCAGUUCCUAGAAUCAAAUCUGGAACAUGUGUCCAACAAAUCGGCCUAUUUGUGUGGAGUGAUGAAAACAUACAGACAAAAGAGUAGAGCAAGUCAACAAGGUGUACCUGCGCCAACAACAACAGUGCAAGCAAAAGGACCCGAUGAAGAGAAAAUCAAACAAAUUCUUGAACGCACAGGCUAUACAUUAGAUGUAACGACAGGACAAAGAAAAUAUGGUGGUCCACCACCAAAUUGGGACGGUCCAACCCCAGGCAAUGGAUGUGAAGUAUUUUGUGGGAAAAUUCCCAAGGAUAUGUACGAAGAUGAGUUGAUACCACUGUUUGAGAAGUGUGGUCCAAUUUGGGAUCUGCGGCUUAUGAUGGAUCCAAUGACCGGCACAAAUCGUGGUUAUGCAUUUGUCACGUUUACAACGCGAGACUCUGCACAGAAUGCAGUGAAAGAGCUGAAUGAUUAUGAAAUUCGGAAAGGCAAAAAGAUUGGUGUAACGAUAUCAUUUAACAAUCACCGGCUAUUUGUCGGAAAUAUACCUAAGAAUAGAGAUCGCGACGAAUUAUUAGAGGAAUUUUCAAAAUAUGCACCGGGACUUGUUGAAGUCAUAAUUUAUAGUUCGCCUGAUGAUAAGAAAAAGAAUCGGGGCUUUUGCUUUCUCGAAUACGAAUCACACAAAGCGGCCUCGUUAGCAAAGCGAAGACUCGGCACAGGAAGGAUUAAGGUGUGGGGCUGCGAUAUCAUUGUCGAUUGGGCCGAUCCACAGGAAGAACCGGAUGAGCAAACCAUGAGUAAAGUGAAGGUUCUUUACGUGCGCAAUCUUACACAAGAUAUUAGCGAAGAGAAGCUCAAGGAGCAAUUUGAGCAGUUCGGAAAGGUGGAGCGAGUUAAGAAGAUAAAGGAUUACGCUUUCGUCCACUUUGAAGAUCGAGACAAUGCAGUCCUAGCAAUGCGUGAUUUAGACGGAAAGGAGCUGGGAGGUUCAAAUAUUGAGGUGUCCCUGGCGAAACCCCCGUCGGAUAAGAAGAAAAAGGAGGAGAUACUGAGGGCGCGAGAACGUCGAAUGCUGCAAAUGAUGCAAGGACGUAUCGGCAUUGCAGGUGAUGAAGACUUCAGAAUGUCACCCUCCCAUCCCAGUAUGAUGACUGGAAUGCCACCAAUGAGAGGAGUUUCCAAUUGUCCCAGAAUUCCACUGAGAGGUCCUAUGGGACGUGGUAGUGAUUACGAUUAUGAUUACGACUUUUAUGGGUAUUCGGAUUAUCGCGGGGGAUACAGUGAGCCAUAUUAUGAUGAUUAUUACCGCUCUUACGAUGGGGAUUACUACUAUGAUUAUUCCCCAAGUGGUGUGGGACCCGCUGCAGGCGGACCACCGAGACCAUCCAGAACAGAUGCGGGGGGUGGUCAUGGGCGUGGAAUCACGGCGCGUGGCCGAGCCGCUGGGCUCCGUGGCAACAUCAAUCGUCAGGGGGCCCCUCCGGUUCAACGGGGGGCCACCGUGGGGGCUCAGGCAACAGCCGGGGGGGUCCGUGGGGCGGGUCAAACUCGUCUCAACGCUCGUGGCACCCAGCGCGGCAAGCCGCAACAAAAUUUACCAGGUGAGGAGGACGCAGUCGGUAAACGUAAGUUUGACGGUGGUCACCAGAAUCAGGGAGAUCCGAAACGACGCUAUGGAAGUGGAAUAGGAAAUGGUGGUCCUGGAAAUGGUGGCAAUUGGGGUAGUCAACCCCUACCACAGCAACCUUUAGGAGCCAAUGGUGAGCAAUGGUAUACAGACACUUACCCGAGUUGGAGUUAAAACGGAACAUUGACAACAAGGAUGACGUAGAUGCAAGAAAAAGAAAAUAAGUUGUGUUAAUAAUUUCGAUAUAAAACAAAAAUAAUAUUGUAAUCGCAUGAGAUGCCGAAGGAUUUUUUCCAAAAUGGACAACACACUAAAUUCUAAUAAUUACUGUAGAUUUGACACAAUUAAAUUAUUGAAAAAAAAAACAAAUAUUAUAUAUAAUGAAUAUUAAAAGAAAAAAAUCAAUAAACUUUUCAUCUCAUGUGUCGUAGAGAGUCAAUAACUUUCUAGGGGUAUAAAUAUAUAUAUUUCAAAAUUGAAAGAUGAGACAUUUUCUUAGAGAGAAAGAGUGCAUGAUGAAUUUUUUUCUAGGAAUUUUAAAUUAAAAUUCACUAUUGAAAAACGUGUAUUCGCGACUGAAAGUUUUGAGAUUAAACUAACUAUACAUAUUUGAUAGGAGGGAUCUUCAAAAAAAAAGUAAUUUAAAAAGAAGGAAGUGAAUUGAAAUGAAUUUGACCAAAAAUGUGGUGAAUAUUUCAAUAUAUUGACGCUCUUACGAUAAAUUGAUAAAAAAAAGAAAAUAUAUUUUCGUAAAUUGUUCUCUUUAUUUAUAUUUGGUGUGAAAAUUCUUUUAAGAUUUUUUUCUUGCAUAUACAUAUUGUUAGGUAUUACGGUGUUAUCAUACUUGAGAAAAGAAUUUUGCAUAGUCAGCAAUAUGUUGGAUUUCAUGCUUUUAAUAACUAUUACAUUCAGCCAUAAUUUCUCAGCUAUAAAUUUGAUUUAAAUUGAAAAAGAAAUGUAAAAACAAAACUUAAAAAAUCUGCUUUAAUAUCAAAAGAAUAUUCUCGUUAAAACAAUGGAAACUUUUCUUAUUGUGAUAACACUUUUAGAAAGUUUUAAAAAAAAUGGAAAUAUAUCACAAAAUAUCAAAAGAAAAAACUUUUGUAGAACGUUUUGAUUUAUUUUUCAAAAAGAAAGUGACAAUUUGGAAAAAGAAAUGAUAUAAAUUAUCGAAUUUAGUAUUUAAAAGAAAAGGAAAAUGAAAAUAUGUGAAAAAAACAGCUUCGUAGAAGAAGGUAAAAGUUUAAGUAAUAUAACUUUAUCAUCACCGUUUUAACUUGUCAUCGUUCGCUAAAUUAUCCCUUAGGUGUUUAAGUGUACUUGUAGUUUUUUGCAUAGCAAAAACAAAACAUUGAAAUCGAGGAUCAUCAUUGGCAUAAGAUAUUUUUUUUUCUAAUUAGUAGCUACUUGUGAAAAGAAAGAUGAAAUCUAGAACCACCAUUUUCUAUUUUUAAAUUGCAAAAAAAAAAAUUAUAUAUAAAUUUAAGGAAGUAAUUAUUACAUCGACUGACUUUUUUGUAUUAUAAUAAUUUGUUUUCUAAUUGUAGAAAAAAAAAUGCAAAAAGAAAAUGUGAGAUGAGAAACUUUUUCUCAGCAUUGAGAAUAAGUUUUUUUUAUACUUGUGAGAAGGGAGAAAAAAAUAAGGAAUUGGACAGUGUAUUGGUAUAGGUAGGGUUUUAUUUUUGAAAAAUUCCAAAUUGUGAUGAAAUUAGGUGUUUUUUUCCAAAUACAAAAAAUGAGGGUAUUUUCGAUACGUAUACUUUUUAGGAAAUUUAUUAAAACGAAUAUGAGGCAAGAAAAAAGAAAUUCUCAAAAUUAUUCAAAUUGGCUUGCAGGGAAAUGAAAUAUUAAGUGAGAUGGAAUAUGAAUUUCAGGACAAUAAAAUCGAUAAAAUCGAUUUUGUAAGAUGAAGUCGCAGUGUAGGGAAAAACAAGAAAAAGUAUACAUAAAUAAAAUCGAUCAAAUCGAUGCACAACAACUAAUUAAUGAAAGAACGGAAAAUUUGCCAAUAUAUGGCUUAAACUUUGCGAAAAUUAGUAAAGAAAAAGAAAACAGCGUUGUAAUAAUUUCAGUCGAAAUCUUCCAAAUCCGUAGUCUCGUCGCUUUUUUCUCUGUGAAGGGUGAAAUUAAAGACAAAUAUAAUAAAAAAAAUGAAAGAAAAGUGUGGAAAUAGUCUAUCACAAAAAAAGAACGAUUGCAGUAAAGAAAAAAUAUUUUCUAAAUAGUAGGAAAAAUGAAGAAAAUAGUAAGAAAUAACAAAAUUUUUACGCAGAUUUUUUUAUCAAUUAAAAAAUUAUGUUAUGUUUAAUUUAAUUAUAUAUUUUCUUUAAAAUAAUUGAUUAAAAGAAAUAUUUUAAGUUUAGAUUCAAAAAAAAAUGAAGAAGAAUGCAGAGAAAGAGAAUGCCAUAGUAAUGUUUGUAUUUUUUUUUAAUUUCAAUUUCAAUUUAUAUUAAUUUUGAUUUUUUUUACUUGAUUAGUAACCUUUUUUUGAUUAUUAUAAUUUUUUUGGUUAUCUCAUUUUUUUUAUAAAUCUUAAUGAAAUGUAAAAUAAAUUUUUGAUUUUAACA